AUGUCUUCUCUUGUUCAUGAAAGUGUUUAUGAAGGAAACUAACCAAUAGAAGCAGAAUUAAUUUUCAUUAAUGGGCCUGAAUCACAGAUUAUAGAUAUGAAAUUUUCAUCUGAUUUAAAUUUCAUAUUACUUGCCACAGAAGAAGGAAUUAAAUUGUAUAAAAUACAAGAUGAUGAAAUUAAAAUUAACGAAGAAAAUCUUAAAAUAGGAAAAAUUAACUCUAUUGACUUCUUUGAUAAUUCAGGAAUUGAAUUUGUUAUUGGUUUAGAUUAAAAUAUUGUUAUUUGGGACUUUUAUUAACGCUAAGUUAUUAAAAAAUUUCCUGUCUUUUAAGCACCAUAAUAGAUUUCAUUUUGUAAUCCAUUUAUAAUUGCAGGAAUGAAAUAAUAAAAUGAAAAUGUUAUUUUAGUAUUAAAUGUGAGAGCUGAUUAAGCCUAUCGAUAUUUAUAUACAUAAAACUUAAAUGGAGAGCUAAUUUAUGCAAAUAAUAAUAAUCAGUUUAAUUGCGUGUUAACUUAUUUAAAUUAGCAAGGGAAUUCUUUAAUCAUAGAUUUUUUACAUUAUUAAGCUUUAUAAGGAAUCAAUAUCAAAACAAUCACAGCAAUGUCUGAUGAACAAAUCAUUGAAUAUUAACAUUCAUCUCUAGCCAAGCAAUAAACUACUUCCUAAUUUAGAUUUUAUUCUAGUGUUGGAUAUAUAUAAGCUUGUAUUGCUAUAUCAAGUGAUAGUAACUUGCUUGCAGUUUCUCCAUUAGUUGACAAUUAAAGAAUAUAUAUUUUUAGUCUAUCACCAUAAGAACAACCUAAAUUGAAAUAUCAAUUAUAUAGAGGACAAACUAAAAAAAUAUUGAGUUUAUAUUUUGGACCAAAUGAGAUGCUUGCAUGCAUUAGUUUUCAAAGUAACAUUCAUAAAACAAAAAAUGAUGCAACUAUUCAUUUAUAUUAUAAAAUGAAAGAAAUAUUUGACAACGAAAAUAAAGAUUAUAAGAGUUUAACAAGAUUAUAUUUUAGAACUUAAUCUAGUGAAACUACUCAUAAAAAAAGAAUUAGAUUAAUGUUGCUUUUGAUUACAUAAGAAAAAUUAUAAGUUUUUUCCGGUAAUCAAUUUAGAUUUGAGGAGUAAUUGUAAUUGGACUCAAAUUUAGUCACAAAAGUGAUAGAAAACUAUAAGUUAUGGCCAAAAAUUGAUCCAAGAUAGAAUGAUAUUUGA